UUCUAGAUAUUCAUUAGUUCCAGUUGGAAACAGUGCGUUGGAAAUCUCGUUGCGGUAGGAUAUUUCAGUAAACAUUUUUGCGAGGAAAUGUGUGGAAGUGUGCAUGCAUGGUAGAUUGAACUUUAAUCACCGCCUACUUCAGCUUGUAUCAUUGUGAGUGUUUGAGAUUAUCCCACAAUCUGGAUAUAAAGGUAUAAAUUGGUGAAAAGUGUAUUCGCAUAUUUGCUGUACGUACGUGUUGCUUGAAAGUGAUGUGUUUUAUUUAAACCAAUGGAGAAGAAAAGUAAAGAAAUUAUUGCUACACGUUACUUCGUAUGCUUCGUAGUGUAAAGACAUGUUGACACAUUAGGUGCCUGAAAUUGUAAAGAAGUUCGAAGAUUUCAGAAAAGGAAUAGAAAAGGUGUUCAAUCAUGCCAUGCUGGUAUUAUGAAAAGAAAGAACUACGCAACACACCGUCCAUUCAGGAUGGUAUCGAUUAUGAGACAGAAUGUAGGUACCGAAAGGAGGGUGCACGCUUUAUAAUCGAUACUGGUACAAAAAUGGAUUUAGGUUAUAACACAAUGGCAACAGGUGUUGUCUAUUUCCAUCGAUUUUACAUGUUUCACUCAUUCAAGAACUUUCCACGAUAUGUAACAGCGUGCUGCUGCUUACUCCUAGCAGGCAAAGUUGAAGAAACUCCAAAGAAAUGCAAAGAUAUUAUACGGACUGCUAAGACUUUAGUAUCGGAACAAAAAUUUAUGACAUUUGGGGAAGAUCCUAAAGAGGAAGUAUUAACUUUGGAGAAAAUUUUAUUGCAAACUAUCAAGUUUGAUUUGCAGGUAGAGCACCCAUAUAGCUACCUACUGAAAUAUGCAAAAUGUCUUAAAGGUGAUAAAAAUAAAUUGCAGAAGAUGGUUCAAAUGGCUUGGACAUUUGUUAACGAUAGCUUGUGCACCACUCUAUCGCUACAAUGGGAGCCAGAAAUAAUAGCUGUUGCUCUGAUGUAUCUAGCUGGUAAACUGAGCAAGUUUGAAGUUGUGGACUGGGUCGGAAGGCAGACAAAACACUUGCGUUGGUGGGAUAUGUUUGUUGAAGAUGUAACUAUGGAUCUUUUAGAAGACAUAUGCCAUCAAGUUUUGGAUUUGUAUUCACAAGCUAACAACACAAAACCGCCGGAUUCACCACCGUUGAUACCAUCUACCGAAACGAGUAAAGAGCGACCCAUUCCUACAACUACCAUAGAAUCUGCAUCAAACACACCCAAUGUGACGCCUGGAAAAUCUACCAAGAUCGAAACACCGACGCCAGUUUCUGCAAAUGGAUGUCCAAGUACGGAUGUUGCGGAGCCGAUAAAACCAAUAGAAGUCACAACGGCACACUUCCCCCCGUAUCCAACGAAUUACACGGCGUCCAACAAUACCAAUUACCCACCGGCAUUUCCACCUGCGAACGUAUCGGUGCCACCCCCUCCGGUGAACACGAUGAAUCACAUCGUGCCAACGAUACAUCACAUUGGAUCAUCCGCACCGAUUCGGCCCGCAUUACCGUCAGCACCGCCAGCCAAUCAGACUACCUUCCAGCCGUACUCCUAUCCAACGAAUACAUCGUACUUUUCGACGAACAAUCCGAUUCCACCAACUGCGCCACCACGCAGCUACUACCCACCGCAACAAUAGCAGAAGGCGAUCUAUCAUGUAAAUGAUGUAAAUGCGAUCGAUCUGAGCAUCAUUGUCUUAUAAUGAAGUGCAAGAUUAAGAAAAUAAUGUUAAUUUAAUAAGUUUAUUAUUAAGUUUGUACGUUAUACCUUUGUGGUCAACAAUUUAUGAUUAGAAACUUUUCUCUCUAA